AUCCGGUGCAUUUGGACUCCAAGGAUUUUCUCUUCGAAUCCAUUAUAUUUUUGACACGUCAAUCUGUCUUAACUGGCCAUCACCCGCAACCGAUUGAAACCGGAGCAAACUUUUCGAUAGGAGGAAGCAGUUUGAGCUGGAGGACCUACUCCGGGGGCAUCGGCGGAGAUGCUGGAAAAAGGAAGUCUAGGAACAGUCUACAAGGCUGUGCUGGAAGAUGGGUGAACGGUUGCGGUGAAGAGGCUCAAGGACGCCAACCCAUGUGCGAGGAAGGAAUCCGAACAGUAUAUAGGAAGCUCAGACAAUUUAACCUGGUUCAUCUCGGAGCUUAUUACUACGCCAAGGAGGAACAGCUCCUCGUCUACGAUUACCUCUCCAAUGGAAGCUUGCAUUCUCUUAUCAUUCUUACAGUAUUGUUAUAGUCUAUAUUCAAUGAAGCUGAGCAUGGAUUAACUUUUGGGUUGAUUUGAAUCAGCGAAUCGAGGACCCGGGAGGAUUCCUCUGGACUGGACGACGAGGAUUAGCUUGGUGUUACCGUGUUAGGAGCUGCUCGUGGGCUUGCUCGGAUUCACGAGGAGUACAGUGGGUUGAAGAUACCGCACGGGAAUGUGAAGUCAUCGAACGUGCUGCUCGACAAGAAUGGCGUAGCUUGCAUCUCUGAUUUCGGGUUGGCUCUGCUUCUGAGCCCAGUUCACGCCAUGGCGAGAUUGAGAGGGUACAGCGCGCCGGAGCAGGGGGAGACGAAGAGGCUGUGUUGACGGGGAGGCUCUCGCUGCAGUAUCGCUCCCCAAUUCGACCGCGGGGGGCGGAGGAGGAGCAGGGAGUUAAUCUUCCCAAGUGGGUAUGAUCGGUGGUGAGGGACGAGUGGACGGCGGAGGUGUUCGACCCGGAGCAUCUGAGGUACAAGAACAUAGAGGAGGAGAUGAUGGCGAUGCUGCACGUAGGGCUGACAUGAGUGGCGGAGAAAGGGGAGAAGAGGCCGACGAUGUCGGAGGUGGCGAAGAUGAUCGACGAUGUCGGUUGCAGGUGAUGGCCAGUUGAGCACAAAUUGACGUGUCAAUAUUUUAAUGGACUCGAAGAGAAAAUCGCUUCGAGUCCAAACGCACUGGAUCCGUUGUGCGCUUUCCGUGCGUGACCCCACUUUCCAAAGCCAGAAGCCGUUGCGUGAAAGCAAACAGGAAACAGCUACCAAACGGGCACGUCGCGGUGAGCUUGCAUUUGCGCCCCACCUUGCCGUUUGUUGUUGCUAGAGUCAACAUUUAAACGGAUGGAGACAUGGAGUAGGACAUCAAAACUUGAGAUAAAAUCUUCUCCGCACUACCUCCCUCCGCUGAGUUCUUGGCUACUGUAAUGGAGGUUUUAUCCUUCCUAAGUUCUUCUCCUUCACUUUUGCUUUUCGGAAGUCUCAAACCCAAACCUUCUAGGCUUUCUCUCCGGCAAAAUGACUCUUCAAAUCCAGCUUCGAUUAGGAAGAUUACCUGGAACUGGAAGAAGCGGGGAAACAUCAGAGGAGCUGAUAAAUAUGUGGAACUUGCCUCAUUGAUACAUGUCUUAGGUAGAAAAAGAAUGCCUCAUGUAGCUGAGCAACUCUUCCUGGAGAUGAAAUCUGAGGGUUUCCAACCUAACCUUGCUACUUUGUCAGCUCUAAUGUUAUGUUAUGCAGAUAAUGGCCUCUUGUCCCAAGCUCGAUCCAUCUGGGAUGAAAUUAUAAACAGUUCAUUUGUGCCUAACAUUGAACUAGUUGCAUAUCUAAUGGAUGCAUAUCGGAUGAUGGGGCGUUUUGAUGAAAUAAUGAGACUUCUAAAUGAAGUUAUUUCAAGGGAUUUUAACAUGUGUCCUCAAAUUUACUCAUUAGCCAUCUCUUGCUUUGGAAAGGGUGGACAACUUGAAUUGAUGGAAGCUAUGAUGAAGGAAAUGGUUUCAAGUGGUUAUGCAGUGGAUUCUGCCACUGGAAAUGCCUUUAUUGAAUAUUAUAGUAUUUUUGGUUCUCUAACAGAUAUGGAAAUUGCCUAUGGCCGCCUUAAAAGAUCUAGAAUUCUCAUUGAGGAAGAUGGAAUUAGGGCAGUGGCAUCAGCUUAUAUAAGGAAAAAGAGUUUUUAUAAGCUAGGUGAGUUCCUAAGAGAUGUUGGUCUUGCUCGGAGGAAUGUGGGAAAUCUUAUCUGGAAUCUUCUUUUGCUAUCUUAUGCUGGUAACUUCAAAAUGAAAACCCUGCAAAGAGAAUUUUUAAGAAUGCUAGAGUCUGGGUUUUCUCCUGAUCUAACUACAUUUAACAUACGAGCUCUGGCUUUCUCAAAGAUGUCUUUGUUUUGGGAUAUCCAUCUAAGUCUUGAACAUAUGAAACAUGAAAGGGUCAUCCCUGAUCUUGUCACAUUUGGAUGCAUUCUUGAUGCAUACUUGGACAAGAAACUUGGAAGGAACUUGGAUUUUGCUUUGAAUGCAAUGGACAUUGAUGAUGUUCCACAAGUUUUAACAGAUCCACUAGUUUUUGAGGUUUUUGGAAAAGGAGAUUUUCAUUUGACCUCAGAGGCACUAUUAGAGUCUAACAGAUGGAGGAAAUAUACUUACAGGGAGCUAAUCUCAAUAUAUGUCAAGAAACAAUACCGGAGUAACCAAAUCUUUUGGAAUUAUUGACAAGUGGCAUGCCUGGGUAAAAUUUCUUUGUAGUUGGUUAUGGACAUAAAUUUAAAUACUGAUGAAGUAAACAUGGUGGUUAAUUUCUUCUGCGUUUUGCUGAACAACGUGCUGCUAUCAAAUUGAGGAACAACUAUUUGCAAUGAUGCAAGGGCUGUGGUUGGUGAAAUCUCUCAAGUUCUUUGGUUGUGGAGGUGACUCAAAAGUGGUAGUGGGCUGGUUAAAGAAAAACAGUCUAGGGAUGUGGAAUUAUUGAAACACUUUGAAGGAGAUAAGAAAACUGGCAUGAGAAGUAGAAAUUGAAUUCUCUUGGAUUCAUAGAUAAGCAAACACCUUGGUGGAUGCACUACCUAAACAAGGGGUAAACAGGGACCAGCUAUUUGGGGAUUUUCACAAAGAUUGGGUUAUGUGGCAAGAGUCAGCCUUAAAAUGGGGGUGCCAGACGCGAAGUGGUUAUAAAAGGCUUUCCACCCCCAAAGAGGAUUCUAACUUAAGCUUCGGAGCCUUUACACCGGGUUC